UUACUGCUUACCGGCUGUAUCGUGUCAGAUUUUGGACAAAUUCUCCAGACACCGAAACUUGUCGGAGAAGACUGAAGAAGACUCGUCAAAGAUUCAUCAAUGGUGAUUCCUCCGAGUUCUAGGUUAAACCAUGGCACUGAGGUAGGCAGCAAGGAGUUUCACGCUUACUGCUUCUCUCUCGCUAAUCGAAUCGAUGAUGCUAUUGGGAAGGAUGAAGUUCCUUUAGACGUUCAAGACCUGGCUAUAACCCUCGAUCACGUGUGUCAACAAAGAUGUAAUGAUCAAACGAGGGCAGUGAUAAUGACGCUGAUGAUCUCUGUCAAGACUGCUUGUCGGCUUGGAUGGUUCCCGCAGAGAGAGUCUCAGCACCUGUUGGGUCUCGUAGACUCGAUGUUGAAAGAUUUCACCAGUCCUGAAGACGUUGCCUCUAGUGUCAAUAGUCCCAUCAGUCUAAUCCCACAGGUCAUGGAGAGGUUCUAUCCGUUUUUGAAGUUGGGACAUAUUCUUGUUUCUUCUGAGGCCACGGCGGAAUCAAACAUAUUGGCGAAGGACUUCCACAUUUCAAAGAAGAUGCUGCAACAUUCUCCCCAAGCGAAAGUAGGAUUAUUUGUUUUCCGGGCAGAGGAUAUAAGCAAAUCUAGUUGUCUCAUACAUCCACAGGAAGUCAGCUUUUUGUUGAAUGGAGAGGGCGUUGAAAAGAGAUAUAAUGCCUUAAUGGAGCCUGGGCCGCAGUGUCCAACGGAUGUUACUUCCCUGCUCAACCUUGGGGCAAAUCUUCUGCAAACCGUUGGCUGCUUUGGAGGUAGUUACUUUAUUGUUAUUGCCUUGUUGGAUGGCAUACCACUGCCCGUGAAUCCAUCACUGAAAGAUUAUGUUCAUUCUGAAGUCACUGAAUCAAAUUUAGAUUGUGACAUAAUCGAGGGACCAUCAAGGAUAUCUCUCAGUUGUCCUAUCAGCCGUACUCGUAUCAAGCUACCUGUGAAGGGUCGUGUCUGCAAACAUCUUCAGUGUUUUGAUUACUGGAACUAUGUGGAAAUAAACACGAGGUACCAUCAUGGCGCUGCCCUCAUUAUUCUAGAAGAGGUGGGACGUUAUGCUACUGAUGUGGUUAUCUCCGCUGAUGGAUCAUGGAAGGUUUUAACGGAGAGCAAUAAGAAUGUGGAAGCUGUGCCAGAAGCCACUCAGGGAGACCCAAAUAGCUUCCAGAAGUUAACGCCAACUGUUUUGGAUCUUACAAGUGAUGAGAAUGAAAUGGAAACAUCCGGAGGCACUCAGUUCAACGAACAUAAACCUUGUCUUUCCGAGAUUCACAACACACAUACGCCUGUGAUGGGUUAUCCUUUACUCAACCAGUCUUCUGCUUCAGUCAACGCGCUUCCGCAGUUACCACAAACUUUUAAUGUUUUUGAUGGGCAGCAACGGUUCACAAACUUUCCGCAAGUAGUAAACAGACAAGACUCAGCAGCAAGAGAAGCCUUAUAUCCGCAAGAUAGAUUAGCUACUAAUACAACUUGCUUCCACAUACCAAUGCCUGCUGCUCAGUCUUCUCAAUUUCAAGGGUCACAUGUUACUCCCCUUGGCCAUUCUCUAGGAAGAGCUUCUGGAUAUAACCACAUCUAUGAUAAUGGCAUAACUCAAACUCACAUGCCUCCUCCUUUGCAUCAUCAAUAUGCAAUGCAGAACCAGAGGCUUCACACCAGGAGGUCCAGGAGCCCGUCCCCUGCGCAGGAAAGACAGAUCCCAUCUGGCAUUACACAUCACCAGAGGUUAUUUGCCAACUAUGGAGGGACCUCUUACCAGAGACUCAUGCAAAGACCUGUUCAAAGAUUGAAUCCUGUCGGCGCAGGGCAACAGUUCCCAUGGCGUGAACUCACGAAUAUGAACAGAAUGCGAGGCAGCCUAACUCCCGGUUCCACGGGGUAUGAACACAUGAUCAUUCAACCUACCAGGCCGGUUCAUGCACCAGCUCAAACACUUGCUCAGCCUCAGACAACAGCUUACAAUUAUAUCCCGGCUCAGGCGCAAGUUCAAACACUUCCUCCGCCUCAACCAACAUCUUACCAUAGUAUGGCCGAUGAAAUUCAAGCAUUUUUGGCUCAUCCAAGCUAUCCAAACGGCAACACUGGAACGCAGGCUAGGACCGGUUCAUUGCCUGUGGAGGAAGGUGUUGGGCCAACAGGCUUGCUUUGGUCAAUGCCUCCUGAGGCAUGGUGAUGAUCUGAUGGCAUAGAGACUCAGCACAUGGUUGGUAGCAAUAGUAUGAAUCCCACUAACAAGAAAGUAGUAUUAUCAUAUAAGUCCAUUUUUUGUACUAACCGGUUUAGAUUUCCGGUUUGUAUAUGAGGAUCUAAGGGUAUUCUUGAGAUGUACUCAAUGUGAAAAAAAAAAAUUAUCAGGGUUCUUUUGAUAUCCUUCUAAAAGAAUUUAUAUUUGGGGCAUA